AUGACGCUAGGACGGCUUUGUAUGGUUGGGCCACAGUUACAUCGUCUCAAACUCGUAUACAAAUUCAAUCCUGUAACUGCUAUAAUAUUAAGAUGUAGUAGUAGCAGUAGCACGAUAUCAGAUGAUAAGCUAAAGACACUACCCGCAGGAUUGCAGAAAUUGGCUAAAAUAAAAGUCGAGGAUUGGCAUCAUAUUAAUCCAGGUCCUCCCACUACUCACGAUGAUAUACCAAUUCCUUUCAAAAAAUUUGAAGAAGCGAAGAAAGACUUUAUGCCUACCUUCAAUUUGUAUUUCUAUAGCUCCUUAAUACUUUUUGCUGUAACUUUUUAUUGGGUAUUUUUCAUCGAAGACAUUUGGCCAUACAAUGGACGAGCACCAGUUAAGUCAUAUCGGGAACGACAUAAGGGCAAAAAAUCAGAAUCGUCAAGUGACGGUAGUUCAGGUGGAAACAAAACAAACGCCGCUGUGGCUGGGGCAACGCUGGCUGUUGGUAGCAGCGAAAAGGAGGCAACAGAGUCAAGCGCUGGUACUGAGAAAGAUGCUUCAAUUAAGGGGAGAAAGACAGUAGCCAGUGAGGAGUCUCUAGUGUCGGAGGAGAGAAGUGCAUUGGGACCGGAAAAAAAGGUUACAGUGGACCCGAAAAAAUUACCCGAUGAAAUACCUUAUUUGCUGAUAGGUUCCGGUACAGCGUCAUAUUACGCUGCUUUGGCAAUCAGGGCUCGAGAUGAAGACGCUAAAGUACUGAUAAUAGGUGAUGAAAAACAUCUGCCGUAUAAUCGACCUCCGCUAUCAAAGGAACUGUGGUGGUAUGGGGAAGACCAGGUAGCUAAAACUCUGGAAUACAGAGGUUAUAGCGGAAAGAAACGGGAUGUGUAUUUUGAAGCACCAGGAUUCUUCAUAGCACCAUAUGAAAUUGAGUCAGCUGAGCAUGGUGGUGUGUCGUUAAUCAGUGGACAUCGAGUUGUCAAACUUGAUUUGGGGACGCAAACAGCUUAUCUUGAUGACGGACGUUCAUUGAAGUAUCAAAAGUGUCUCAUAGCUACAGGAGGAUAUCCAAAGUCGUUGCCAGUAAUCGAAAAUGCUGACGAGGAAGUGAAGCGGAGAGUGACAUUGUUCCGAACGAUUGAUGACUUUUGUAAAUUGGAUGAAAUAGUUCGAAAAAGCAAGUCUAUAACGAUUAUUGGCGGUGGUUUUUUGGGUUCAGAAUUAGCGAACUCAUUGAAUCGACGCUUUGGAGAGCAAGGAUUGCAAAUUUGUCAGAUAUUCCGAGAAAAAGGCAAUGUUGCUGCGAUUCUACCGCAAUUUUUGAGCAAGUAUACAGCCAGCGAACUGCGUAAAAGUGGUGUUAACGUUAUGCCUGAAAAAGAACUUAAACGUGUAACAGUAGAUGAAAGUGGUAAACUUCGCUUACAAUUAACAACAGGAGAAACUAUAAACACCGAUCACAUCAUUGUGGCAGUAGGUAUAUGCGCAGAUACGGAUUUGGCAAAAUCAUGCGGCUUGGAAAUUGAUCCUGUGAAUGGUGGUUAUGUAGUUGAUGCUGAACUGCGUGCUCGGUCAAAUGUUUGGGUUGCCGGUGAUGCAAGUAGCUUUUACGAUAUUAAACUUGGUCGAAGAAGAAUGGAGCAUUGGGAACAUGCGCAGAUAACCGGACGUCUCGCUGGUGAAAAUAUGACUGGAGCAAGCAGACCAUACUGGCAUCAAUCUUCUUAUUAUUCCAUCCUAGCACCAAGUGUUCACUUAGAAGCAGUUGGAAGGACUGAUUCGGGAUUGAAAACAGUGUCGGUUUUGGCAGAUACUAAAGACAAGGCUGAUCAGAUCAAAAAAGGAGUUGUGUUUUACCUUGAUGGCAAAAUCAUUGUGGGUGUACUGUUGCUAAAUGUUUCUGGUCCAGGUAUUGAAAUAGCACGACGGCUGAUUGCAGACGGACUUGAGCAUAGUAAUUUCAAGGAACUUGCAAAACUAUUCAAGCUACAUAAAAGCAGAGCAGACGAUGAACAAGAGGGAUAA